CUCCUCUUCCGCAACCAACCUUGGAUUCCUGUUCAGCCACCUCAGCCAGGCAUCGCGGGGUAUUUCAGUCAGUCCAGGUGGGGGUGCUUGCUCGGGAAGAGCGCCAGCACCGCCAGCCGGUUUCCGAAGUCCUGAAUCACGAACUCAUUCCCCCGUUUGCAUGUGCUUCUACUUCCCCGCCUUGUCUUGCGGGUGGGCUUUUGCUUCUCCCUUUGCUUUUGCCUCUGGUUUUGUGGUUCCGAUCCUCUCUUUAGUCAACCAAGUGGCCCCUACUGAUUCUCGCCGCCUCCUCUGGCCUCUCGUGACAUUCUUCUUCCGUGCCUCUUCCGUGUCCGUGUCUCCGCUGCAGCCCAGUAUGGCAACCGUCGAGCAUUGUGUUGUAUGUUUCGAGGCUCUUGACGCCGACCUCAACAACCGCAAGCCCCUCUCCCUUGAACAGAUCCAGUCUUCGUGGGCCGCAUACAAGGCCAGCUCCGCUUCCGUGACCGGCCCCUCAGAGGCUCCCUUGAACCCGGCCCUCCGGCGCCUUGCUGCCGACGGCGUCUUGUCCUCGUCGUCCUCGUCGUCUUCUACGUCGCUCUCGGCAGCAGGAGCUGCCACUCCCGCAACAUCCACAUCCUCCCUGCCCGACACCCCGCCAACAGCGGCUCCUCUGUUUGUCACCUGGAACACAGUCGACCCAGAUGACGACGACGUCUCCCUCCGCGGCUGCAUCGGCACCUUUGAGUCCCAGCCACUGUCCGAGGGCAUUCAUGAAUACGCCCUAAUCUCCGCCCUGCAAGACACACGCUUCAACCCGAUUUCCAAGCGCGAGCUUCCCACACUCCAAGCCGCUGUGACGCUGCUCACAGACUUUGAAGAGGCGGACGACACGCACGAUUGGGAAAUUGGCACUCACGGCAUCCGAAUCUCUUUUUUGGAUCGCGGCCGCCGCUACGGUGCGACAUAUUUGCCCGAUGUAGCGCUAGAGCAAGGAUGGACCAAGGACGAGACACUGUUUAGCUUGAUCCGCAAAGCAGGCUGGAUGGGCAGCCGUUCCAAGUGGCAGGACUUGGACGUCAAAGUGACUCGAUACCAGGGCAAGAAGGUCAGCCUCAACUAUCCAGAGUUCAAGAAGUGGAGGGACUGGGUCCAAAGCAAGCAGUAAUGAAGGUCCCAUCUAUUGUGAUGUAGCUCGGCCGGGCGUUCUAAUAGACAGAGAGGACACACAGGAUUUCAUUGGGUACUGGUAUUAUGUGGGAUUAUUUGGGAUGUUAAUGGAUGAUAUACAACGAAUCUUGCGGCGCUUAUAGACGUGUGUCGUGCAAGGAAGAGUGGAGGAGAAAAUUUUCCCAGCUCAGAUUUUUCUUUACUUUGCUUUUUUGAUACACUUUUCUUAAUAAAAUAAGAAUCUUUUGAUAUACCUGAUAGCCGGGCCCAGAACUAAACUAGCUGAAUCGUUUACAUCGGGAACCGAAAAG